CUCUCCGGUCACUCCCACCGUGGGAGGACGGAGUCACUGCCGCCGGAUAGUCCCCCUCAGCUGGGAGGGGCAGCAGAGCUCUCUGAAGUUGCUUUACUUGGGGAAACGAUCGAGCACGUUAGCUUUAUAACAGUUUUCUUUCAAGGUGCUCUACUCUCAAGGAUGUUGGGUGUGGCUGGAAUGCCUGGCAGCAUUGCUAAUGCCCUGGCCAGUGCAGCCUGCGAGCGAUGCAAGAGCGGCUUCGCUCCGACUGAGAAGAUUGUCAACAGUAAUGGAGAGCUUUACCAUGAGCAGUGCUUCGUGUGUGCCCAGUGUUUCCAGCAGUUUCCAGAGGGGCUGUUCUACGAGUUUGAAGGGAGGAAAUAUUGUGAACAUGACUUCCAGAUGCUCUUUGCUCCCUGUUGUCACCAGUGUGGAGAGUUCAUCAUUGGUCGUGUCAUCAAGGCCAUGAACUAUAGUUGGCACCCCGACUGCUUCUGCUGUGACAUUUGCCAGGCUGUGCUUGCAGAUGUGGGCUUUGUCAAGAAUGCUGGCAGGCACCUGUGCCGGCCGUGCCAUAACCGCGAAAAAGCCAGAGGCCUGGGCAAGUACAUCUGCCAGAAGUGCCAUGCCAUCAUCGAGGAGCAGCCACUGAUCUUUCAGAACGACCCCUAUCACCCGGACCACUUCAACUGCACCAACUGCGGGAGGGAGCUGACAGCAGAUGCUAGGGAGCUGAAAGGAGAGCUCUACUGUUUGCCCUGCCACGAUAAGAUGGGUGUACCCAUCUGCGGUGCCUGCAGGAGACCUAUCGAGGGGCGUGUUGUCAAUGCCAUGGGCAAGCAGUGGCAUGUGGAGCAUUUUGUGUGUGCCAAGUGUGAAAAGCCUUUCCUCGGUCAUCGCCAUUAUGAGAGAAAAGGGCUGGCAUACUGUGAGACUCAUUAUAACCAGCUCUUCGGUGAUGUGUGUUAUCACUGCAACCGUGUGAUUGAAGGCGAUGUUGUGUCCGCUCUCAACAAGGCCUGGUGUGUCAGCUGUUUCUCAUGCUCCACCUGCAACACCAAACUCACUCUCAAGAACAAGUUUGUUGAGUUUGACAUGAAGCCUGUUUGUAAAAAGUGCUAUGAGAAGUUUCCUCUGGAGCUCAAGAAAAGGCUCAAGAAGCUGGCAGAGUCCAAAUGAGCUGCUUCAGGCCAAACAACCUGGAUGUUUUUGUCUGUGAUGUAUGUGGUGGUAAAAUAUCCAGGGGAACUACUGCUUAACAACAAGAGCCUGGCAUUUAAUCGGUACAUAAAUAUUAGAAACUUAAACCAUUGUGGUCGUUACAUAAAUGUGCUUCAUUAAUGUGCUUUUUAGCUUUUUCCCUUUUUUU